AUGUCACUGACUACCUCACCGGGGAGGAGGACAGUUUCCGUUGAAAACAUUGAACCCCAGGCGUUUUUAGCCGUGAGGGAUAUGAGCAGGAUCAUUUCAAUGUGUAAUACAAACCUUAAGACAAUACAUGGUUAUGAGCGAUUAGUCUAUGUUGCACAGUGCUGUGCAGAGCACGCGCAUCCAGCGGGGCACAAACUCACAGUCGUAGCCAAUGAUGGCACUUCCGCAUACUGGAUCAGCAUAACAGAUCCUAGGUCUCAGAUAUGUCGCCGGUCAGAUCGGCGGAUCGUUACUCCAAACAGGAUACAGCUUCCAGAGCCACAGCUUCAGGGGACUCGCUAG